GUCCACCAGUUUAUCAAGCAGCAAUGGAACAGGAGAUACAAUGCUGCACUGACAGAAUGACGCCGGUGUUGCAGAUCAUCCUGAUGACGGUGGCCGCGGCCAGCGGCCUCACCAUCAUGCCGAUGGGCAUCAUGUCCGCAGGCUUCAGGAACGGCAUCUACUCGAUGAACACGGGGAUGCCGAUGUCUUUCCUGCGCAAGAAGCGGUCUGCCGUUGAAGAAGACAAGGGCAAGUCAGUGGCCAUCCAUGUCCGCAACUUCGGCCGCUUCGUGGCCCCAAGCUACGCCUUAUCCGGCCUGGGUUACUCCAGCAUCGCAUCUCCCUUCAUCUUCCGCAAGAAGAGGGACACUGCCGACCAGAAGGCUGACAGCUCCCUGAUCAUGUACAAUAUGCCCUACACCACUCUCGGAUACUCCACCCUUGGGUACACUGGCAUCGCAUCUCCCUUCAUCUUCCGCAAGAAGAGGGACACCGCCGACCAGAAGGCUGACAGUUCCCUGCUCAUGUACAACAUGCCCUACACCACUCUCGGAUACUCCACCCUUGGGUACACUGGCAUCGCAUCUCCCUUCAUCUUCCGCAAGAAGAGGGACACUGCCGACCAGAAGGCUGACAGCUCCCUGCUCAUGUACAACAUGCCUUACACCACUCUCGGAUACUCCACCCUUGGGUACUCCAGCAUCGCAUCUCCCUUCAUCUUCCGCAAGAAGAGGGACACCGCCGACCAGAAGGCUGAUAGCUCCCUGAUCAUGUACAACAUGCCCUACACCACUCUUGGAUACUCUGGCCUGGGUUACGCAAACAUUGCGUCUCCCUUCAUCUUCCGCAAGUAAAGGAGCACUACUGACCAGAAGGCUGACAGCUCCCUGCUCACCAACUCCAUGCCAAGAAGCUAUGGUUAUGGUAUGAGCCAUUGGGGAAACACUAAAUGCAACAUGAUAACAUUGUGGAAGUAGAAAAUGGCAGGUGGCAUUAGCUAUCAGCUGACAACAUGCAACAUGAAAUUGACAGUGGUUGUGAGGGAAAUGGUGUGAAGGGGGAAAAGUGCAUUGACAAAUAUAAAUACAAAUAAACUGUGUCUAAGCAGCAACUGAUUUAACAACCUCCCCAAUCAUCACAGAGUGUUUCAUCUGGAGCAGCAGCAUGCACAUAAAUGUUUUUGUGCAUCAACACAGAAACAAGCAGUGCAACUUCAACUGUGGAUCAGAAUAACAUCAGGGACAGAAUACCAGCAAUGGAUACAACCACAUCCAGCAACUUCUUUUUUGACUAAUAAGAAUGUUCUAAUAUAUGCUAAAGCUCAACAUGGCCAUGUGACUCUCAAUACAUAUCAACAAUUUGAAGGUAAGAGCAUGAAUCUACCUGUUUUGUGAUUAUUUACGAUAUGUCCUACCUUAAACAUGACAAAUGGUGUACAAUGAUUUUUUCUAAUGUUAGGUAGGAAAGUACACCCUGACCCAUAUGCUUAAAAAACAUCAAAAGUAUCAUUCACUUCAUUUCAUACAAUCAAAACACUAUCCUUGUUUUGCAUCUACUUCACAUGGGAUUAAGCCAGUUACCCUUGAUGUUGCAACUGGCACUUCAAAACCAGGAAAAAAGGGAUAAAACAUGCAUGACAAUUUAUGGAUGGUCCUUUUAUCAUUGUUACAACCACAUUGUAUAAAAAUCUUGCAUUUAAAUGUAGCCACUUGGAAAAUAUCCAAAUUAUGCACACUGGGUCCAUUGAGAAGAGUGCAAGUAACUACAAAAUGACAUCCAAAUCUUGAGAGAUAUGUUGUGGUGAAGUAGGAAUGAAGGAAUGCAGGACAGCACCUAUCUCAAUUCGGUGCCUCGAAUGCCCUCGCAAUGUAGGUCCAAGAAACCAGAAAAACAGGCAUGCUGCCUGAUCCGAAAGAACAAAAUGCAUUUUUAGCAUUUAGCAUUCAUGAUGCAUUUACAUCAUGGUCUCAAUACACCAAA